AUGAUUUUGAGCUCUUAUGAUGCUGCUAAAAACUAUGGAAAUCAAUAUGGAAUUUUAAGGCGCAAGAAAGAUGAAAUUGUACGUGAUCUAAAAGAGAAAGAGAAUUUGAUGGAGCUAGUAGAUCCAAGGUUAGGCUCAGACUAUGGCCAAGAAGAAGAGGUGAUGGUGGCAAUCAAUGUGGCUUUACGAUGUACCAAUUUGUCCGCAGCAAAUAGGCCUAGCAUGUCUUCGGUGGUGAGCAUGCUUGAAGGCAGGGUUGCUGCUCAGGGAUUGAUCGCAGGUUCAGCUGUUUCAACUGAUGAUAGCGAAGCAUUGAGGAACCUUUUACUGGAGAUGGUUGAAGAAAAUGUAUCAGAAAGCGAGACUCUGCUUGAAGGAAAUGUAUUGGAGAGCGAGAUAAGUAUUUUAAGGCAAUGA